UCAAGUGGGGCAGGCGCGGAUGGAAGAGGUGGGAGCGGCAGGUGGCUUAGGGGCUGCAGCCCAGCCGAGCCGAGGGCCGGGCGCCCGCUGGACCCCUGCGCCGGGGUGUGAUCAUCUUUUCCAAAGGCCGAGUCCAGUUUCAAUCCUGAUCUGGAAGCUGUCACCAUGACACUGACCAAAGGCUCCUUCACCUAUUCCAGUGGAGAGGAGUACCGCGGCGAGUGGAAGGAGGGGCGCAGACAUGGUUUUGGUCAGCUGAUGUUUGCAGAUGGCGGCACCUACCUGGGUCAUUUUGAGAAUGGGCUGUUUAAUGGCUUUGGGGUUCUGACCUUCUCAGAUGGGUCAAGGUAUGAGGGCGAGUUCACCCAGGGCAAGUUUCAUGGUGUGGGAGUCUUCAUUCGAUAUGACAACAUGACCUACGAGGGGGAGUUUAAAAAUGGCAGAGUCCACGGUUUGGGUCUGCUGACUUUCCCCGACGGCUCCCACGGCAUCCCCCGCAAUGAAGGUCUCUUUGAAAACAACAAACUGCUGCGUCGGGAAAAGUGUUCUGCGGUGGUGCAGAGGGCCCAGAGUGCCUCCAAGUCUGCCCGGAACCUUACUGCCUGACCUGGAGGUUCUCCAGGGGAGCACAUGACCCGCUACACAAGGAGAAGCUCUUCCUUCUGUCAUCUUGAGGGGCAGAUGAUGCCAAGCCCAGCAUACGGCCAAGGCUUUGGGCUACCCGGAGAUGGAAGGAAAAGAUGCAGGGAGGCUUAGAGAGUUCAGCACUCCUGUGACCAUCAAGAACAAUGCUGUCCUCCACGGCCCCUCAUUUGCUGCUGCUUCCAGGCCUUCUGCUUUGUCUGGCAGAACCACCACUCAUCUCGCUUUCUGUGAGAGCCCCCAUUCCCUCUCCCAGCUCCACUGCCUUUCUCACAGCCGAGAAUCCCUGCCUGUGCUCUCUCCUCCCUUCCACUAGCCUAGGAUUCCUUUAUGAGACCGUCAAGGAAGAAGUAGACAGAAGCAGUCAUACAACUUGUGGUUAUUACAUCAGGGCAUAGGGAGGGCAUCUCUGGGUCACUUCAGACUCCUUCGUGGAGAGAGCAGAAGCCAUCAGGAGGGCUCUGGCUAUACCACUGUCUGACCACUGCACUUUCUUAGGAUUAGGUAGAGUUGGUGUUGGGUUCAGGGGACUGAAAGAGCAUUCAGUUUACUGGAGCCCUUCCACCAUGCACCAGCAAGAUCCCUAGACAUCUCAUCACGGAGUCUCCAUUAUCCCAUGACCCAAACAAGCCUCCACCUAGCCCUACCUGUCCUCACUCCCACUGUUCCCUAAAAAGCAAAUCAUGGUGGAAAUCAUAGCCGUGUGCCUCUAUUUACUCUCUGAAUUGUACUGUAGACGUGUUAAUGACGAAUAAAAUAUCACCAGACCUGCCCAUUGU